UUCUCCACCCACUCUGCUAGAUAAAGAGAAUCGUGAGCUCAGAACAGAUGCGUAUCUCACUAUCGAAGGGACUCAUGUUGUACAGGCACUACAGCACGUCAUGGCUACAAAAAAAUUGGCUAAUGAACUGGGGCUGGUUAGACAACGCAGGCGACCUUCAAAUGAAAACAAUGAAAAACAGAUUCUCUGUGGGCAGCUCUUUUCUUACCUGGUUGUCAUAGACUUUGAAUCUACUUGUUGGGCAGACAAGAACAAUUAUGGACAAGAAAUAAUUGAAUUUCCUGCUGUGGUACUCAACACCAGGAAUGGGAAGAUUGAAUCAGAAUUUCAUACCUAUGUGCAGCCUCAAGAGCAUCCUAUACUCUCCAAGUUUUGUACAGAACUCACCGGAAUCCGACAAGAACAGGUUGAAGCAGGAGUACCUCUCCACGUUUGUUUGUCUCUAUUCACCCGCUGGAUUAAGACGUUGCAAGAAGAAAAGAACAUUGUGUUUGUUCAGGAAAAAGCCUGUUCCUACACUGGCCGUCCUUGUGCCUUCGUCACCUGGUCAGACUGGGAUUUUGGAGUUUGUCUGCAGUAUGAGUGCAAAAGAAAACAAAUCUGCAAACCUGACAUAUUAAACAGCUGGAUUGAUCUCAGAGCAACCUAUAAGCUUUUUUAUAAUCGAAAGCCAAAAGGACUUAAUGGGGCCCUGCAGGAUCUUGGAAUUACAUUUUCUGGGCGGGAGCAUUCAGGUUUGGACGACGCCCGCAAUACUGCACAUUUGGCUUGGCGAAUGAUAACUGAUGGCUGCCUCAUGAAAGUGACCAGCAGUCUGGAUAGGGCACCAGUGCGGACAAAGCCCCUACUCCAGAUGAAGCCGAACACUGGCAAUGUGGGUCAACGUAGCGUGACCGAAGAGGGAAUUAAACAUUUUUUGAAGCAACCAAAACCUGGACUUUGUGAACAGGAAGCGGAGUCAUCCAAGAACAAGCAUAAUCCUGAAGUUUCUUCCAACCGUGAGAUUUGUCAAUAUCAAAGCUGGGUGCUGCCAAAAGAUUUCUCUCAUAGUUUAAGCACUCCAUUUGUUAAAGGGAAACCCUCGGUACCAACACCAGCAAGUCACUUUGGUUCAAAAGGAUCACCGCUGUCUGGAACUGCUGCUUCAUUACCUAAAAGUAACCUGGUACUAGUUGCCACCACUAUUGGCUGCAAUACAAAUGUACACGAGGCAGAUGCAAACUUAAACACUGACCCUGCAACUUUGUCAUGCGAAUGGUCAGAAACACCUUUUAUAGAAGCGGAGGAUUCGCGGUCAUAUGAUGAUGUGAUUCUGGAGGACAGUGAUUCAUCUGCAGAUCACUUGAUGGACACUUUUACAUCACAUCAGGCAAAGGGUGUGGAACACAAUACUGAAUGUUCUCUAGUAAAUGCUAGUAGCAGCCAUUCAAAACCGAUUCUUUUCAAAAAUUCAAACACAACAGUGUAUUCGCUUGAGAAGUGCAGACUUUAUUCCUCUAGCAGUGGUGUAUUUAAGACUCCGCUUUUGUCAAAUGGCAAGCUUAAGGGUAAACGCAUACCGCUCUCACAUAUGCCCUGCAGUGCAAAACCCAAGGUUAACUGUGGUCCAGAAAAGCCAGAAAAAUACUCUGGACCUAACAUGAGCACACCCACCAGGUCAUUUACGGUCUACAAAGAUGAGGAUGAUUCCUGCUUUUCCAUCGAGUCUAGGCUAUCUUCAGGUAGACUGAGCUCAGUUCCAUCCUUGCCCAGCUCUUUAUCAGUGAACAGGAUGUCUCUUCCUUCAAGGGGCACUAUGAAAAUGACAUCUCCAUUGUGCACCUGCGGCCGCAGAGCUAAGAGGCUGACGGUAGGAAAUGGAGGACCCAAUCAUGGCAGAGUUUUCUUCAGCUGUCCCAUUGGGAAAAUGGGCUCAGGCAUCAAAAAGAGCUGUGGAUUCUUCAAAUGGGAGUCUAGCCUUUUAAAAGCUGCAUCAAGCACACUGGCUUCCCACUCCUUGUGUUCUGUGCCUGGUACUAGCUUGACAUCAUCUGGGAAGAGCUUCAUUAACAAUAGUUUCUCUUCACAUACAAAUUUUGCCAGGAGACCCUCUUUGAGAAAUUAGUGUUGCAAUAUAUUAAGGUAAUGAUGACUUUUCCAUAUCAACAACAAUGUAUAAAAUGUAAACUUUUUUAAAUGUGUAAAACAUGAAGAUCUUUCUGAGUGUAUGCUGCAAGUCCUUGCAUUAUGUUUAUUCGUAUUUAUUCAGUUUCAGUGUUACAAUACCUUUGAGUGUAAGAAUUAUAAAUGCAUAUUUUAUAAUAAAAAUAGAAUUGAAAUUUUA